ACAGACAUCCUGCAGAACAUAUGCACGUGCUGCGAGAUUCUCCUAAACUGUCAUUUCUGUUGUUGGGCUACAUACUUCUCACGUCGGUCAUGUGUUUUUGUGUGUUGGCUCUUCUGGUUUUUGCUUCCUUUCAACAUAGUGGAGCAUAGCAGCUCAACUUUACAAGAGGAAAGUCAUCACAAGUGUUACAAUAAUGGAGAUUUUGGCUUCGCCUCCUACUAUGGCGACCACAUGGUGCUGCAGAAGUCUCCGGAGAGAGCGAUUUUGUGGGGUUACGGCAGCCCUGAGGGUGCGCAGGUCACAGUCUGCUUGUCAGGAACCAUGAAACACAAAAGCUCAACGGUCACAGUGGAGAAAGGCAUCUGGCGAGUCACCCUUGACCCCAUAGAGGCCGGUGGUCCGUAUAAUGUGACAGCAGCUCUUGAGAACAGCUCCGCCACUCUGACCGAUGUGCUGUUUGGGGACGUUUGGCUUUGUAGUGGCCAGAGUAACAUGUACUUUAAAACAUCUCAGAUUUUCAAUGCAUCUGAGGAACUGGCUCUCGCAUCCAAGUAUCCUCACGUGAGGACUAUUAUGGUAGCCUUGAAGAUGAGUGACACUGAGCUAACUGAUUUGAUUGGAGUGAAUCUUCCAUGGUCUGUGCCUGAAGCAAGUGGUCUGUCAGAGUUCUCUGCAGUGUGUUGGCUCUUUGGACGUUACAUGUACGAGAACCUGAAGUACCCGAUAGGACUGGUGGAGUCCUGUUGGGGGGGCACACCCGUUGAAGCCUGGUCAUCUUCAAGAGCACUUCAGCAAUGUGGACUGGACCAGAAUGAAAAAAGUUCACAAACAGACAACUCUGUCCUGUGGAAUGCAAUGAUCCACCCACUGCUCAACAUGACACUCAAAGGAGCCCUCUGGUACCAAGGUGAAAGAAACACUAAUUAUCAUCAAAACAAGUACAACUGUUCUUUCCCUGCCAUGAUUGAUGACUGGAGGAUGGCAUUUCACCUGGGCUCAGGUGGGCAGACUGCUGUGGACUUUCCCUUUGGCUUUGUCCAGCUGUCCACUAACAUAAAAGGCUCCACGGAUGACGGCUUUCCAAACAUCCGCUGGCACCAGACAGCUGACAAAGGCUUUGUUCCCAACUCUCGUCUGCAAAGGACCUUCAUGGCUGUGGCUAUGGAUUUACCGGAUGAGACUUCACCGUAUGGCACCAUCCACCCGCGUGACAAGCAGGACGUAGCAUACAGACUGACACUUGGAGCACGAGCGGUGGCCUACAAUGAGAAGGAUGUGGCCUUCCUUGGGCCUUUCCCUAAACAAAUCCUGUCCACUCCGAUGUAUGUCAACAUCACCUACGACAAAGCGAUCGCUGUCAAGCCGUCUAAAGAUAUCUUCGAGAUCUGCUGCUCGCAGUCACAGGCCCCAUGUGGGCCUGAGUCCCUCUGGGUUCCAGCUCCUAUCAUCCAGUGGGCUCCCACCACCAUCCAGAUAGCAACCACUGUAUGCACAUCCACCACUGAAGUAGCAGCUCUACGAUACGCGUGGAAAGACUGGCCGUGUGAUUUUAAGGCAUGUCCUGUCUAUGGCGCAAACGCUACGUUACCUGCGCCCCCUUUCCUUAUCAAUCGCUAUCAAAUAUUUUGGACAGUCUCUGUAAAUUAUUAAUUGCUGAUGUGUGGCCUACUUUGUAUGAAAUUCUUCUCUCCUAUUUCUAGAGGAACUCUGCCAAUAAUUGAUACUAUCCAAGACUGCAUGCCAUGUUUUUUUUAAUUUUUUUUUAUUUAAAUAAAAACACUUUACC